AUGGACAUCUGGACGCAGAGGAGUAUGGAUAACGCUACACCACUACCUCCCUCGGUCGAGGCGGCCUAUUACCGCAAGUGCAUUGCCCUCAAGCGCCGUCUGAAUGAGAUUGAGGCAAACAACGAGGCUGCACGGCUGCGGAAGGUGCGCCUCGACCGCGCCAUCUUGAAAAUGCGGCUGGAAAGAGCUUUCUUGUUGGAGCGCCUUGCCGAGCGAAUGGCUCCCAACGUGGACGACUCGGACCGCAGCACUAGCCCUCCUCCAACUCCACAAGAGAAGCCGACACGGAGUAAGCGCACCAACCGCCAAAAGACCCCCCCGCUCGAAGGCCACCAAAGCGGCAGCAUGCCGCCCCACCACUCUCCUGGAUCCAUCAGCAACACUACCCAGCAGCCACACAUUCACCCCUUGCACGCUAUGUCGUCAGCUCAAUCCACUCCUGAUCCAGUUCGUCCGGGUUCCGCGGUCCCUUAUGGCAACACAUCCGUACCCACUGGUCUCAAUGGAACUCCGUCAUCCACUCCAUACAGCGGGUCGGCUCCGCUGCCCGGGGUUUCCGCCGCCGGCGGUACUGCACCCACCUUGCCUCUACCGCAACCAGAGUUUGGUGAAGGCAGGCAUGAUGAUAGAGAAAGGCCGGUCAGCGCAGAGAACAGCACAUCUGCCGCCAGCGGCGACUACGGUCGUCCCUUUGCGGCAGCUCCUGCUCCUGGCGCCACGGGCGAGGUGCUCAGUGCUGGACCUGAAAUCAGGUCGGACGCAAAUGGCGAGAGGAGGACUGCGCAGCCGGACACGCAGGACACUGAGAUGGGUGAGGCCCAGUCCUCUGAGGAUGCGCAAGGCCAGCCUGGAGGCCUUGGCUUUACCGCCGUCAACCGCUAG